CAUAAUAUUAACACCAUUAAAGUUAUCACUUCAAGAAUAUAGUAGUCUGGGCAUUACCUCAGUAGCCGAUAGAAAAAAAUUAUUCCACCUUGUUCAAAGCUUACGCCAGGAGACACCUAGUUUAGAAAAUGGGCUUGUUUCGUCUUCUUUAAAGCCUCUAUCUUACAAACACCGAUCUCCAUCUACAAACAAUGUGGAUACCGUUCGACGUGGAAGCACAGCGCAGAUCAUACAGUCACCCAUACCUACGCGUACACGCUCACGCACACUACCUUCACUUGAAAAGCCUGAUUUCAUGAGCGAUCGUGGUGAAGAAGCUGUAGAAGAGUCAGAUGAGGACGAUGAGGAAAAGUGCGAGAUUCGAAGAGGAUCUAAUCCACUUUUAGAUCCUUACGGUGUGCCUAUCAAAUCGAGGUAUCAACAGAAAUCGAGUCCUCUUGUUGUGAGCAGCCAACCGAGCGACUUAAAUCAAAAGAUACGCGUGUGUGUCAGGAAAAGACCAUUGAAUAAGAAGGAAAUUGAACGAGGAGAGAAAGAUAUUGCGCCUACCUGUGGCAUGAGAAGCAUUAAUGUGCAUGAACCCAAAAUGAAAGUCGAUCUGACAAAGUAUAUUGAACAACAUAGCUUCACAUUUGAUGAUGUAUUUGAUUCUGACGAAACGAACGAAAAGAUCUAUCAGAGAACGGCUCAACCAUUGGUCAAGUACGUAUUUGAAGGUGGAAAGGCGACCUGCUUUGCAUAUGGUCAAACGGGGUCAGGAAAGACGUAUACCAUGCUUGAUCCAAAACUUGGGUUGUACGUCUUGGCAGCUCGUGACGUAUUCCAUUUGAUUCAUCAACCACAAUAUGAACAUCUAUCAGCUUGGAUCGGAUUUUAUGAGAUAUACCAAGGACAGUUGUACGACUUGCUAAAUGACCGAAAAAAGCUCUUUGCUAGAGAAGAUGGCAAGCAAAAUGUGGUUAUUGUGGGCUUGAAGGAGUAUGUCAUCAAUAACGUUCAGGAUCUCAUGCAAGUCUUUGAAUAUGGGAGCCAGGCACGUAGCACUGGCAGCACGGGAGCCAAUUCGGAUUCUUCGCGUUCCCAUGCUGUGUUACAAAUCCUACUGAGGCCCACGAAGAACAGAAAAAAGAUCGUAGGCAAGCUUAGCUUCAUCGAUUUGGCCGGUAGUGAACGUGGUGCGGACCGUGGAGACGCUGAUGUCAAGACUAGAAUGGAAGGUGCAGAAAUUAAUAAGAGUCUUUUGGCUCUCAAGGAAUGCAUUCGUGCUCUCGAUCAGGAUAAGCGACAUACACCCUUCAGACAGAGUAAGCUAACUCAAGUGCUCAAGGAUUCGUUUGUAGGCAACUCUCGUACGUGCAUGAUCGCGACCAUCUCUCCUAAUCAAUCCAACAGCGAACAUACACUUAAUACCUUGCGAUAUGCCGACCGAGUGAAGGAGUUGAAGGGCGAAAAGGACACGAGACGUUCAAGCAUAGCUCAUCAACGUCAAUCGUCAUUUGAAGAGUAUCAAGAAAACGAGUUUUUUGAAUCAGACGAUCCUGAACUGUACAAUGACGUCGAAGAUGAUGACUUGCUCUUACACGAUCAAGACUUCCCUAGUGAUGGGGACGAUCAUAUUCUCGACGAAGAGUUUCCUCACGAAAACAAUUUGAAACGACACCCGCUUGAUGCGAUAUCUUCAUCUCCUUCGACAUAUCUCCAGGAACCACCACCUGUAAAGCAUACACCACAGCUUGACGACUGUCUCUUCUUUGACCCGACCACGAUCGAAUCCUUCAUUAAGUUUCAUCGAGCCCAGAUCAGAGAGGUGACCGAAUACUCCAAACAAGAAACAAAAUUACUGGCCAACUUUUCAUUAAGCUUGUCAAGCCGAAAAGAAGAAAAGAGUUCGUUAAGAGAUGAGCUCAAGACGUCAAGUGGUUUUAUUGAGUACUUGGAUAAUCUAGAUGAAAUACUGGAAAUGAAAACAGCAGCUAUUGAAGCAUUAAGAGACAGAAUUCGACAGGUAUUGUGCGAAGAAGAACUCUAAGCUACAAGUUGUAUACCCCCCUUAUCGAUUUAUGUACGUAUAUGUAUAUGCUUCCAUUCUUUUCU